UUGACUGUUUCCGUCUGUCUGUCUCCGUUCGUGAUGGCGGCUGUGACCUCUCCACUGCGCGCGUGCCGCGGUAUAUUGAGAGAGAUUCGGCUCAUGAAGGGUUCCGGUUACAGACACACAAUCGUUUAUAAAUAUGUGCUGGAUCAGUUCAGAAGAAAUCAGGUGACAGGUGCGCAGUACUGCCGCGAGCGCAUGGACGCUCUUCACACCGCGUGUACGUACCAGUGUCUGCUGACAUCCACUCGAGAGCACCUGCAGCUGCACGAGGUGUAUCACGCGCGAGGAGAGCGAGACACCGCGCAGAUGGCCGGACUGGUGGGACUGCGACUCCCGACACAACCCGGAGGGAAGGGCUGGGAGACGUGAACACCACACGAACACUUGUGUGUGUGUGUGUGUGUGUGUGUGUUGACUGAUUUGUAGUAUAAGCUUGUACAAAUCUAUGAAUAAAAUUCACUUUAAAAUAUU